AUGGACCUGUCGCAGGCGCUGCUCUUUUCGGACGGCCUGGCCACUCUGCUCGGACUGAAAUGCCACUUCGCGACCGGCGCCAAACGGUCUGUCAACGUUGUCUACUGCAUCGUAGGCUUGACCUUCAAGAUAUUGGUCAGCGUGUUGUGUCUGCGAGGCGUGUUGCAGCACCUCUUCUCCGACGGCCUCAACGUCACCAACAUGGUCCUGCUCGCCUCCUACAAAUUCACCUCGGUGCUGCUCUUCCUCGGAGUAAUUUUCUUCCACCUGAAAAAACACGCAGCCUUCGUGAAUAUCUAUCAUUCUCUUUCGAACGAGGCGAUCAAUUUGGGAUGUUUCCAAGCGUUGUUCGCAUUCCUCAAAUUUUACUCCGCCUGUGUCGGAAUAAUCGCGGCGAUCGUAAUCUGGGGAUUGUUUUGGUUUCAAGCGACGCAGCUGAGCUUUGGCUACUCAAUCGACUUAGCUCAUUCCGCGCUCACUUUUUACGCGUGCGUUUACUUCGAAUUGAAAUUUGCACUCGUGGCCAAAACCACGGAAUUUUUAUUCAAAGAAAUCAAUUUGAACAUUUGCGCUGCGAAAAAUAGUCCGAAAUGGGUGGCUGAAGUUUUUCCAGCUUUGAGAAAAACGCAUAAAAAUUUGUACGCGGCCACCGAAGAGGCCAAUUCGACAUUUCAGCUUUUGUUGAUGCUGACGGAAAUUUUGCAAUUCCAAGUGAUGAUCUACUCGGGGUACAUUUUCAUCAUCGACUGCUGGGACUUGGAAGACAAGUUCACCAAAUUAAAAAUCAAAAUCUUGAUCGCCUCUGCCGCAUACUGGAUCGCAAUCAUCUCCAAUUAUAUUCAUUUGGUGUCAGCAUGUUCAAAUUCAUUAUCAACGGCGCAGGAAACUGCAAGCAAAUUAUUGAGAGUUGAAGUGGAGACCACAAAUGAUGUAAUACGAGAAGAAGCAGCACUAUUUCGAACUCAAAUUCUCCACUACAAGCACUUUACUUUCAACAUUUUUGGACUGGUUUGCAUAAACAAAGCCUACGUUUUUAUGGUUUUUGGUGCGUUGACGACCUAUUUAGCCACUCUUGUUCAGUUUCAUUUGCUUGCAUCACAAUUUGCAGAGUAAUUUAAAAAAAAAUUCAACCUUUUUUAAUUUGAAAAGUUCCACAAAGAACAUACGUGCAUGC